AUGGGCGCAGAAGAUAAUCGAAAAGAACAAGAACCAGGGUUGUUAGAUCUGAAAACCUUGAAAGUGAUUUCUGUUAUCGGUAGAGGAGCGAAAGGUGUAGCUUUUCUUGUUAGAAAUGAAGAAACAGGGGAAAAUCUAGCUUUGAAGGUAAUCUUGAAGGCUUUGAUCGAGAAGAAGAGCAAAGAAAAUGGAGAUAAAGAAGAUGGGUCUUCUGUUUACAAACGGAUCUGGUUCGAACGAGAUGUAUUGAAGUCGUUUCAGCAUCCAUUGCUUCCGAGACUGAGAGGAUUUGUGGAAACAGAUAAGAUCAUUGGUUUGGCCAUGGAUUACUGUCCUGGUGGAGAUCUUAACUCUCUUCGGAAGAAACAGACUGAGAAGAUGUUCUCCGACGAAAUUAUCAGGUUUUAUGGAGCAGAAUUAGUUCUUGCAUUGGAGUACUUGCACGGAUUAGGGAUUGUUUACAGAGAUUUGAAGCCAGAAAACGUAAUGAUUCAAGAAAAUGGUCACCUGAUGCUCGUUGAUUUCGAUCUCUCAACGAAACUUUCUGCGAAAUCUCCUGAACCUCGUCAGAUUCUUCGAUUGAACACAACGAAUUCUGAAACCAAAUCCAUCACUUACAAACGAUCUCUAUCGCUUUUCCACUGCUUUGGUUCUGGUAUUUCGCAUGUGGACUCGGACUCUUGUUUUACCGAGUCACGAGAUACAACGAGUCAGAGUCCCGAUUCGAUGUCCACAUGUGAAACUGAGAAAUCUAACUCGUUUGUUGGCACAGAGGAGUACGUCUCUCCUGAGAUCAUCCAAGGGAACGGUCACGAUUUCACAGUAGAUUCUUGGUGCUUAGGGGUUGUCCUCUACGAGAUGCUUUAUGGACGGACACCAUUUCGAGGGGCCAAUCGCAAAGAGACGUUCUUUCGUGUUCUGGUAAAGUCGCCGGAGCUUGUUGGAGAACAAACGGCUCUAAGGGAUUUGAUCGGAAAACUGCUGGAAAAGGAUCCGACGAAGAGAAUCUCCGUUGAGGGAAUCAAGGGUCAUGAUUACUUUAGAGGCGUAGAUUGGGAAUCUAUUUCUCAGAUAUCUAGGCCACCGUUUAUUCCCUUACGACCUGAAAGGGAUAUGCAAGGGAUUAAGGCAAUUGAUGUGGAGUUAUUUGUACACGGGAUUUUUGCUGAUGAAGUUGUUGGGAGUAUUAAAGGUUCAGUAAAUUUGGACGAGAAUAACAAGAAGAAAGAUGAAGAUGAUAAAGAAGUCUUGGUGGAGGCUUUGAAAAAUUCUUCAAAAGGUCCUGACUUUUCUGUUUUCUAA